AUGUCUACAAUACCACCCACCACGCCUCCCGAACUCUCUGCAGAAAUCCUCUUCCGUUCAUUCAUGACGAUCAUACUCUCCGAAAUCGGCGACAAAACCUUCUUUAUCUCCGCCAUCCUCUCCAUGCGACAUGCCCGCCUCGUUGUCUUCCUAGGCGCCUUCACAUCCCUUUUGCUCAUGAGCAUGCUCUCAGCGUCCUUGGGUCAUAUCCUACCUACGCUUUUACCCAAGAAAUGGACUCAGGUCAUGGCUGGCGUUUUAUUUUUGGUGUUUGGGAGUAAGAUGGUGAUGGAAGCGAAGGAGAUGGAAGGGAGUGGCAAGGCCGAAGAGGAGAUGAAGGAAGCGGAGGAAGAAAUUGAAGGGGAUGAAUUUGAGGGUGGAAUUCCGCUUGAACGACUUGAGGAAGGAGAGGUGUCGCCUUCGUCGCCGAACACGAGAAAACAGAAAAACACGAGUUGGGGUUCGAGCGUUGCAGAAGGCGUGAGGAAUUUUUGCAGUCUUGUGCUCGGACCCGUUUUCGUGCAGGCCUUCGUGCUUACUUUCUUCGGGGAGUGGGGGGAUAGGAGUCAGAUUGCUACGAUUGCUUUGGGUGCUGCCCAUAACGUGUAUCUCGUGACGCUGGGGACGGUCAUUGGACAUACGUGUUGUACGGCACUGGCUGUGAUAGGAGGGCGGUAUGUGUCAACUAAAAUAUCUGUCAAGCAUGUGACCCUAGGAGGCGCAGUCCUCUUCCUCAUAUUCGGCGUUAUCUAUCUCUACGACGCGCUGGCUACUUCCGCAGAAGAAUUCUCGAUGCCUAUCAGUCCUGUUGGGGAGUCGAGCUGA